UAGUCAACGGCAAAGCGGGGGCCAGGCGGCACCCACUCAGCGAGGAGCAAUUCGCUGAAUCAUGGGAGUUGUAUGUUGCCUUGCAGAAAAAUCUGGCCCUUGUAAACUACUUUCUCGGUCGCCACGCGGAGGGAGUGAAGUGUGCAACAACUGUACUCUCGAUUUCUGGGCAUGAGAAUGACGAUAAGGCGUUGUUACGUCGCGCUCACUGCAACCACUGCCUUGGGGAUUUAAGAGCGGCAGAGACAGACCUGAAUACCUUGGAGCGUCUCAGCAAGGAUGGAAACGUGCCAAUUGAUUCAGCGGUACCCGAUCUACGUAGACAAAUUGCGAAAACCAGACAACAGGCGUUGGAGAAGGAGCGCAAAAUGUGCGCAAAGAUGUUUGCUUAA